AUGGCAGCCCCGACAGAAGCGCAGCUCGCGCACACGCAGCUCCUCGAACAGCUCGACAUCCACUCCAUCCACAAGAACUUCCGCAACCCCAACUGGAAGCCCAACCAGCGCCGCAACAAGAACCUCAAGGCCAUCGUCGGCGACGCCUCCAAGCGCGAGGCCUCGGCCCUCGCGACCCCCGCGGACGUCAGCGGCGAUGCCACCCCGUCCGCCGCCGACGACGGCCUCUCCACGAGCGGCACCUCCACGCCCGCGACCAGCAACAACGGGAACCCGCCGCAGCCGCCCAACCUCGCCCAGGCCUCGAGGAGCCUGUCGAAGCUCGUGCUGGAGAAGACGCUGAAGCCGCCUGGGGCUGGAGGUGCGGGAGCGGGAGGCGUGUCUGCGCCGAGCGCGACGUAUACGAACAUCGAGUCGGCGCCUUCACUGGCUCAUGCGAAGCAUUACUGCGACAUCACGGGUCUUCCGGCGCCGUAUCUGGAUCCCAAGACGCGGCUGCGGUAUCAUAACAAGGAGGUGUUUGGGCUGAUUAGGACGCUGCCCCAGAGCUCCGCGGAGCAGUUUCUGGCUGCACGAGGCGCGCAUACGGUUCUGAAGUGA